AUGAAGGUCUCAUCGCAUCUCCUUGCGUGGUGCGCAGCGUUUCUGAGCACGCCCACGUCGGCUGUCAAUUUCUACGUUUCCCCUACCGGUGCCGACAGCAAUCCCGGUACAUCUGCAUCCCAGGCCUUUCUAACCCUCAACGCGGCGCAGCAAGCAGUCCAAAACCAGGUCGCAAGGCCAAUUACAGAAAAUGUGACUGUUAGCCUGACUAACGGCAUUUACUCCCUUUCGGCGCCACUACGAUUCACUUCUCUAGACUCCGGAAACAAUGGCUUUUAUGUCAACUGGGUGGGAACAGAGGCAACAAUAUCUGGCGGCCUCAAAGUCACUGGUUGGACAGCUGGGACCGACGGUAUAUAUGUUGCCAGUGUUCCGGCUGGUACAAAAUCACGCAACCUCUAUGUCAACGGAAAGGCUUCCAAUUACGCGCGGAGGAAGAUUGCCAACCGGAAAGAUAUCGCCUUCACUAAAACUUCCGUGACAUGGACGUCGUCAUCUUAUGACUGGAUAACGAACACCCAGGGAAUUGCUAAUGCGGAAGUUCGUUUCAUCAACUCCUUCACGGAUCGAUAUGCGCCAAUCCAGUCUGUUGGAAGUAGAGAGCUCGUCAUGAAGCAAAACUGGUGGUUUAAUAAUAAUUGGGGUUAUGAUGACGUUGCGAAACCAAACGCCGACUUUGGAGUGUGGGUGCAGAAUGCCCUGGCUUUAUUGGCUGAAGGAGGCCAAUUUUAUCUCGACUCGGAUGCAGGCAAGGUCUACUACAAACCCUUAAGUGGAGAGGACAUGUCUACGGCGGAAACAUAUCUUGCUACUCUCGGUACGCUCGUGUCGGUUGGUGGGACAUACGCAGCUCCAGCGCAUGAUAUCUCAUUCCAGGGCAUAAACUUUGCACACACUACUUGGCUACAAACGACAGAUAUGGGCUACGUUGACCAGCAAACUGGCGGCUACAUAUGUGAAAACAAGACUUACACAGUGUCAAACUUCGAAUCAGUGCGGCCCUGGUGGUGCCAGAUGCCCUCGGCUAUCCAAGUUAGUGCUGCGAAUAACAUCACAUUCUCAGGUGGCAGCUACACGCAACUCGGCGCAGGGGGUGUGGGCAUUGGGAAUGACGAAAAUGCACACAUCUCAGGAGUCGGUCUUGGAGCAAGCUAUAUCUCCAUCAAGGAUGGUUAUUUUAGCCAGGUGAUGGGCAACAGCAUCACUGCAGGCGGAAUUAGGGCAGAUGCCCACCACCCUAGCGACAGCCGCAUGCUAAACACGCGCUUAGAGAUCACCAACAACAUAUUUUACAACGUCUCUUCGCUCUAUAGCUCUACCGUACCGAUUUUCGCCAGCUAUAUCCAAUAUUCCAUAAUCUCACACAAUGAUAUCAACAUUACGCCAUACUCUGGUAUCUGUCAUGGUUUUGGCUGGGGCUCAAAUGAUGCCGGUGGCAGCUCCGAAUACAGUAAUCGCGGUCUCUACAACUUCCAGCCUAAAUAUACUACCCCGACUACCUCGCAGAAUAAUCUCAUUGACGGUAACCUGCUCCACCGUUACGGACUUUCUCAUACGGAUCUUGGAGCUCUCUAUACACUCUCCAAAAGCCCAUCUACGAUUAUCUCUGAUAAUUAUGCUUUUGACUCGACCGGUUACGGUGUGUAUACAGACGAAGGCUCGAAUUCGUACACAAUUUCCAAUAACAUACUGCUUUCUACUGGUAUAUGGGACGCGGCAAACGGCGUCAAUACGGCAAAUAACAGCUACAUUGAUAACUUUGGUAAAACGGGACGCCGAAGUUCCGGGGUUACAAUUAUCUCAGAGCUGUCACAAGCGUCCGUAACAGCAAAGAGAGCGGCGUAUAGAGCUGGUGUUUUACCGGCGAAGCGCCGUGGUCGCCAGGUCUCGAACCCGGAUAUACCUGAUGGAUGUAUCACAAUCGGCUCGGAGAGUGGAAACGUUACUAUCACAUUGGACAACUUCGAUGACACUGCAUUCACCAGCGUUAGCUUCACCGUGACUGCAAGCAAUACUACUUUUACGGCAGUCAAUAUCCCGAACACAAUCCAGGCCAAUUCAGCGAGAGUUGCAACCUACGAGGCUUUGGGAAGCAGUCGGCCGCGUGUCUCAGUUACUGCAAGGUACACAAACGGACGUACGGGAGACUUGAAGACUCUUACGGCUGUCAAACAAUUAACAAUGUAG